AUGGGUAACACUAGCAAAAAGUUGGCAGCGAAAUGUGCGUUACUCACUAAGGAGGAACAGAAGUAUGUAGCGGCAACAUUCAGGGCGGCCAGCAAGAACUCGGAGAGGAUAAGGGAAGAGGACCUCAUCGUGAGUGGCAAAGUAGAUGCAGUGUCCUUAGAAAAGUUUUGGGGUCCACAAAUUGAUCCGAGGCUGGCCCAAUACCUCACAAAUUUUCUCUUCGGCUGCGGUCAACAGAAAACAGCUACAGUUGAUUUUAAUAGAUUUGCUGAGCUCUACGUCUACAAUGUCAGAGGCACUGUUGAAGAGAGAAUGAUGGUGACGUAUAAUUGUCUUGGUAUGGAUUACAAUGAGGACGCUGAAUUGCCCUAUCAACUAUUAAAAGAGUACUGCGAGAGCAUAGUAUCAACGUACAUGAAGAUAGUUAAGUCAUCUUCAACCAAACGAGCAUCCACGUGGUUGGAGAAAGGAUUUAGAGCGAGCGCUUCACACGUACAAAGUUUAGGCGAGGCGGUCGCAGCCACUAUAGGUGACUUGGAGACAGGACAGCAUCAUUGUACGGCAACGCAGCUGUCUAAAUGGUUACAAUCCAACAUUCUUCUGAAGCAACUCGCUGAGUUAGUGUACGUGAAUCUAUACGGCAUUAACAGACGUGGUGGUGACGAAAGCCCCACUCCCAUGCCACCAGCCGCGCCAUCUUUACUACCAGCGGUUGAAGGGUUGGAAGCAAUGCCGGACUACCCUGCGUUCAUUGACCUCUCACACGUAGUGUGGAUCAACAGUCACCUGCCGCCGCAGCAUCAGCAUAAAUGGAGGUUCCUCUUCUCAACCAAUAUACAUGGGGAGUCGUUCUCUACUAUGACCGGUCGUAUAAUAGACCAGGGUCCAUCAGUGAUCAUUAUCGAGGACUCCAGCGGGUACAUCUUCGGGGGCUUCGCCACAGCCUCGUGGGCCUUCGGUCCCAACUUCACGGGCACCGACGACUCGUUCCUCUUCACCUGCCUCCCAAAGAUGAGAGUGUACCCCGCGACCAAUUACAAUGAUCACUACCAGUACUUGAACCAUCAUACGAAGACCCUGCCCAAUGGACUUCUAAUGGGUGGCCAAUUCAACUUCGGUGGUAUCUGGAUAUCAGCGGAGCCGUUCGGUGACGGCGCGUCAGCUGAGUCGUGCAGCACCUACCGCGGGUACAGGAGACUCAGCAAGGAACCCACCUUCAGACUUAGAUCACUAGAAGUCUGGGCUGUUGGGGAUAAACCUGUGCUUGAUAAGGAUGGGGAUGAACGUGACGUAAGUAUCUUGGACACGAACCCUGAAGCGAAGGCCAUACUGGAUAUGGCUGGACGGACGAGACACAGUGAAGGAUUGAGAGAACAACCGCCCUUAUAA